AGCAGAAACCCUCAGAGUGAGACCUCUCCCCUCACACAGACUCUGUGCAGCAGUGACGUAGCCGGAAGUAGCAGCAGUGAGAGUGGAGCGUGUUUCUCUGAGAUCCUGAAGUUAUCAGUUUGUUGGAUCGAUAAUCGAUACUGAAGCUGAUCGAGCCUCAGAGUUCAGAGCUGCUCUGAUGACGUGUUGAUGACGUGUUGAUGACGUGUUGCUGACGUCUCGUUGGAUGGUUUUUUAUCGUUUCCACCUGUAGUUCACCUGCCUGUGUGAUGACGUCUCUGCUGCAGCUUCCGGCCGAGCUGUGGCUGCAGGUGUUCGGCUACCUGUCCUGGAGGGACAAACUGACCGCGCGCUGCACCUGUUCCCACUUCAGAGACCUGCUGGAUAAGUCCCGCCCCCUGUGGCUCGGGUUCACCGUGGUCCUCAGAAACCUGUCCAGGUACAACCGGCCCUUCUGGAGGAGCCUGGCUCAGAGGCACGUGGGCAGAGUGUCUCUGAGGGCAGGUAAGAGGAAACAGCUGAAGGAGCUGCACACCUGGCUUCCUGUGCUCAAAGCGCUGCGAUUGGAGGACUGGAAGGAAGGGGGCCUGGACGGGCUGAAACUGUUCAACCAGCUGAGGAGUCUGUCGCUCACUUCCUGUUGCACCCCGCUGAAAAACCUGGACUUCCUGUUUCCUCUGAAGCAGCAGCUGACACACCUCAGCCUCUGUAACGUGCAGCUCACCUGUAACGCCGCUCACCUGUUUGCAGCCGUCAGUCAGCUGACCCGGCUCAGGUCUCUGGUCCUGCACCACGACGGCAGUCUGAGGGUCCCCAAGCUCAGCGGAGUCCUGACCCACCUGCCCGAGCUCACACACCUGUCCUGCACCAUGAUCACCUACAGAGCGCUGUCACAUGACUUCUUUAGCCCCGCCCUCCCCACAGGUGAACACACAGGUGGCGCCGCUCUGGCGCUCUCUGACCUGCAGUUGUUGAACUAUGACGCCGUCGUGACUCAGGAAGUCCUGCAGCCUCUGUCCAACCUUCGCAGCCUGUCGGUGUAUCACCUGUACUCCGUACCUGGACCCACCUGUCACCUUCAAACAUGGCUGACGUCUCUCCCUCAGCUUCGCAGCCUCAGUGUUCACGGAGGCCAUUCUCUGGCGGCGUACGCUGACUUCCUGCCGUCCUCCCUCCUCAGUCUGACGCUCUGUGUGGACCUGCAGCCUGAAGACCUGCAGGUGGUCUCGCUCACCGCUCCUCACCUGGAACACCUGCACCUGGAGCCCUGGAGCUCCUCCUCCAGCCUGGUUAGGCUCCUCCCACAGCUGUUCCCUCACCUGAGGACGCUCCGGAUCAGACACCAGAACGUGUCGGACGCUGACUUCCUGUCCCUGUCGCAGCUGCGGCGCCUCGUCACGCUCGAGAUUCUGGACUCGUUCUACAGACCAGACCCGAGCGACCCGAGCUGGGUCGUCUUUGGGCCGAGUCCUCGCCUGCAGCAGCUGACCUCUGACCUGCAACAACGGACCAAUCACAGAGUGCGAGUCAUCACCAGCUCACACAGGGAUCCUCUGACCUGCGACUGUGUCUGACCAAUCACAGGGGGCGGUACGUUCACGGGUUUAAAGCACCAGUCAGUGAUUUUGAUGGUCCUCACCUGGGCUCAGGGGAUCUGGACCUGGUUUUCAAAGAUCAGCUGGAUUGAGUGAACCCGAUCAAUUCCAGUCGAUUUACUUAACCCAGAUUAUAGAGCUUUAAGUGGGACUACACAUUACACAUGUUCGUCCACAGGGGGGCGCCAAACUCCACACUGACUUCCUCACCGCUGCUUUAAAUUUAAUCUGUUUGUUAUUGACGCUUCAUGAGGACACCUCCACCUCCUGUCUCUGCUCCUUCAAAAUAAAGUCCUCACUCAGUCUCCCUCAGAAUAAAGUCCUCACUCAGUCUCCUUCAGAAUAAAGUCCUCACUUAGUUUCCUUCAAAAUAAAGUCCUCACUCAGUCUCCUUCAGAAUAAAGUCCUCACUCAGUCUCCUUCAGAAUAAAGUCCUCACUCAGUCUCCUUCAGAAUAAAGUCCUCACUCAGUCUCCUUCAGAAUAAAGUCCUCACUCAGUCUCCUUCAGAAUAAAGUCCUCACUAAGUCUCCUUCAGAAUAAAGUCCUCACUCAGUCUCCUUCAGAAUAAAGUCCUUGCUCAGUCUCCUUCAGAAUAAAGUUCUCACUCAGUCUCCUUCAGAAUAAAGUUCUCACUCAGUCUCCUUCAGAAUAAAGUUCUCAAUCAGUCUCCUUCAGAAUAAAGUUCUCACUCAGUCUCCUACAGAAUAAAGUCCUCACUUAGUUUCCUUCAAAAUAAAGUCCUCACUCAGUCUCCUUCAGAAUAAAGUCCUCACUCAGUCUCCUACAGAAUAAAGUCCUCACUCAGUCUCCUACAGAAUAAAGUUCUCACUCAGUCUCCUUCAGAAUAAAGUCCUCACUCAGUCUCCUUCAGAAUAAAGUCCUCACUCAGUCUCCUUCAGAAUAAAGUCCUCACUCAGUCUCCUUCAGAAUAAAGUUCUCACUCAGUCUCCUUCAGAAUAAAGUCCUCACUCAGUCUCCUUCAGAAUAAAGUUCUCACUCAGUCUCCUACAGAAUAAAGUUCUCACUCAGUCUCCUUCAGAAUAAAGUCCCCACUCAGUCUCCUUCAGAAUAAAGUUCUCACUCAGUCUCCUUCAGAAUAAAGUCCUCACUCAGUCUCCUUCAAAAUAAAGUUCUCACUCAGUCUCCUUCAGAAUAAAGUUCUCACUCAGUCUCCUUCAGAAUAAAGUCCUCACUCAGUCUCCUUCAAAAUAAAGUCCUCACUCAGUCUCCUUCAGAAUAAAGUCCUCGUUCAGUCUCCUUCAGAAUAAAGUCCUCACUCAGUCUCCUUCAGAAUAAAGUCCUCACUCAGUCUCCUUCAGAAUAAAGUUCUCACUCAGUCUCCUUCAGAAUAAAGUCCUCACUCAGUCUCCUUCAGAAUAAAGUCCUCACUCAGUCUCCUUCAGAAUAAAGUCCUCACUCAGUCUCCUUCAGAAUAAAGUCCUCACUCAGUUUCCUUCAGAAUAAAGUCCUCACUCAGUCUCCUUCACAAUAAAGUCCUCACUCAGUCUCCUUCAGAAUAAAGUCCUCACUCAGUCUCCUUCAGAAUAAAGUCCUCACUCAGUCUCCUUCAGAAUAAAGUUCUCACUCAGUCUCCUACAGAAUAAAGUUCUCACUCAGUCUCCUUCAGAAUAAAGUUCUCACUCAGUCUCCUUCAGAAUAAAGUCCUCACUUAGUCUCCUUCAGAAUAAAGUUCUCACUCAGUCUCCUUCAGAAUAAAGUCCUCACUCAGUCUCUUUGGAGUCCUGGUCCUUGUGACCGUGUGAGGAAACCUCUCCUGAGGUCUAACUUCAUGAGAUGCGUCAUGUGACCCUCUCUUUGAAGGCGGCUGCUUUAUUCUAAGAAUCAGAACGUGUGCCGUCCCUAAAUCCUCUGUCCCGGAGUCCAGCACAGUCCAGCACAGUCCUACUCUGGAGUUCUACAGACUGGAGGUUUCGUUCAGAUGAAUCAAAGAUCAGGGGACUUAAUGUAAUCCGGCUCCGGUCUGAUUUAAUCUGAUUAUGUACAGAGACAUAAAGUCUUAAAACAGUGAGGGACCUUUACAUGUUCACAGGUGUAAAGGGGCGUGGCCUAUCAGAUCUUAAAGGUCAUCAUGUAGGAAACUUAAAGCUGAGGGUCAGGACCCCUGAGAGGACAUGAUGGAGGGAGCAGAAAGAAAACACAUAAAGGUCUCAGGUUUUAUUUUAAAACUAGAUAUUUUCUUACUCGACCUCCAAACAUGAAGUCUGUCAUGUCUCUGAUCCUCCUCCAUGUGUCUUUACUCAUGAGUUCAUGUCUGAGUCUCUGUGGACCUGUGAUGCCUUCAGGUCCUGAGUUCCACACACGUGUUUGAUUCCCUCUGCAGGUAAACAUUCAUGGAUCUCCUCAGGUCUCAGCUUCACAUCAGACCAGGACUGUUAUUUAAACCGCCUACUGUCCUAUCAGUACGUACGGAUUCAGCCUAAAUUCAGUCUGUAGUAUGAAGAGCAAAAUCUGCAGUGUGGUAAACUCCCCAGAUUCAGGGACAUUUCUCAGUCUGCCCCACGUGCCGUUUCCCACAAUGCACGGCGCUCGCUCGUUCUUUUUAUUUGGUUGCUGUGAAAAUUAUUUAAUGACGUAUAAACCACUUCUCUUUUUAAAUCAUCAGGGAUGCUAAAGAAGCAGUUUCUCUAGCAGCUUAGAUGUUCCCUUCCAGAAACCCAGUAACGUGUGACUCAUCCUGCAGACCAGAUCCAACAGAACAGACUACAUUCAGUCUGUAGCAAACCACAGUCUGUUUCAAAGCUUGACUCAAACGGUCUGCAGCUGGAGGGAAAGAUCAUGAUCAGGUGUGAUCAGGUGUGAUCAGGUCCCCAUCCUGUCAUCCCUCAAACAUGUGCCUUCUUGUUCAGAUCAUGACCUCACGUUGUCACUGUCUGCACGCAUGUUCACAUCUGUAUGUUCAAAGAAAUCAUGAAAUAAAAACUAAUGAAAUCUGA